CGUUGGUUUGGUUGCUCCUGCUCUUGCUGUUGAGUUGCUGUUGCCGUUGCCGUUGCCACAACCGUUCCUGCCUCACGGAAUGAUUUGCUUUUUUGUGUUUGAUCCUCCCUGCCUGCGACCCUGACUUGGUUACAGCAACUCUGAACCCUCUACGACCUCUCAUUUCUACUACACCUUCGCUUCUGUCUCUGUCUGGGGUUUCCUGCAGUUCCUAAUUCAUUUCUCAAACUCGCCUUCAUCCUGGCACAUUGUUGUCACCCACGGCCAUUUCCUUCUUGACUUGUUCCACCUGGUCGACUCCGUUCUUGUCCGUCGUCUCAGACCAGAACCUUUUUUCUUUCUCUCCCAAUUGGCCUGUCUUUCGUUUGAAACCUUUUCGGCUCUUUCUUAUUAGUACUCACCACUGCCCCUCCUGGACGCUUGUCUUCCUCGGUACUACUGUGGUUGUCGUCUGAAUCACCUCACCCACAGCAAAAGACCCGAGUCAUAGAGUCCUUGACCCUAGUCCUCUCCGCAACAUCAUCCUUGACCCCGGAAUCCACCGCAUCCCAUUCUCUGAACACGUCCGAUGACGGGUUGAACCUUGCCUCUUCGAGGAGGACUAACGUCCCUACAUCCCUAGCCGGAUAUCCUGCUGCCUAAAGAGCUCUCCAGCCUCUACCUGGUUAACAUCUCUCCUACGACUCGACUUCAACACGUUGGCGGUCUAGUCUUGACCACGCCACCGCCGCCCGGUCUGUCCCAGAUAGUCAGUCACCGCAACCAACAAGGGCGGACACAUUGUCUGGCCUGACUGGGUCACGAGAAUAGGAGCAUUGUCAUCAGGACUGCAAUCACCACUGAGAUGUCUCGGUCUCUGUGAGUUAUAUUCGGUCAGACUCAUCUCCGCCUGUUUUCAUUGACCGGACCAAAUCAACUGCCUCUCCUCACCUCCAUCGACACUCUUUACUGGUUCUCUAGGUCUGACAGUAACCAACGCUACCAGCCAUGUGCAAAGCUCAUGUCUUGAGAUUCUGUUGUGGCCAUGGCAUCCUGAUGGGCUUUGAGCUCUGCUCCUUAGGACCAUGCGCUCUGCUCAAGACCACCGGAGUCAAGCUUCCACAACAACCCUAUAAAUGCUACAAUUGCCAGAACAAAAUCUCAAGCACACCUAUCAAGCCUGUUGGCCCUCGAGGAUCCUGCUCAUCAUCUGGAAGUUUAGAUUCCGAUUCAUCAGGCGGCUCCACCAUAACACCUCCAGCCUCCCCCAUAACCAGGAUCAAUUCAAGAGCUAUGGCACCGCUUCCGGGAGUCAUCAAGCAGCCGGCUGAAUGUGGCGAUCUAGCUCGCAAGUUUAGUCGAACACAGUCAUAUUCUCAGAAGACAUUUGCCUUUGCUUGUCAAUCCUCGUCGCACUACCCUACGCCUCACUACAUGAACCUACCCAGUUACUUACCUCACCAGCACCAUUCAUGCCCCCCAUGUCAACUGGAGGAAUUCAGGCACCAGGGGGAUGUCGAUGCUAUCAGAACAGCUCGCGCCCAGUUUCCUCACCUGACUACCGACAUGUUGGUCCGAAACGGCAGGGUCUGGGAGGACUGGCAACAUAAGCCUACCCUGGAGAGUUUCGUGGAGGAGAAGAGAGUCGAGGAGCGUCAGAUGUGGCUUCACGUGACAAGGAAAUGGGCUCAAGAUCUGAAAAGGACUCGGAUCCUGGUGUCUGAGGAAGAUGGCCUGGGUUUGCUGUGAUGAGUUUUUAUUUUAUGCAUUCCAGGCGUUUAUUUGACGAUGCCACGAAGAUACAUGGCGUUGGGGACUCGACAAGGGGAAACAUUGGCUUUGGGAAGCUUUCCUUCGUAUCUGAUACCCAAUGUCCCUCAGCGCGGCUUAGCGAGGAAGAGGGAUCAUUGGUAUUUCACUUCACCAGGCGAACUUCGUUGUGAUAACGUUGUUCUUGGGUCGCACGGUUCGAUCUAGGGCCGAAAAGCCUUCAUACAUAAUUCUUGCCUUGCUCUUCCCACCACGGAAUGGAGCGGAAUGUCGAUAUUACCUAUAGUAAAUCUUGCAAUGAUAUAGGUGAGCGCGAGUAAUGCGAGCCUACAGCAUUGAUGAUAGCCAAGAUCGUUGCUCUAGCAGCCUAUCUAUCUGGGUGCUGGUUGUAACUACCUUCUCCAAGACUUUUAUCCUAUUAUCAGUCGCGACUUGACGCUCGAGAAGGGCAAGUAACCACGAGGCUAGCCUCCCAGCCCUCGG